GCCGGCGGCCCCCGGUUCCCCCGCACGACCGCGACCUGGCCCCAUCCCCCGCACCUCGCGCGGUCCCUGCCGGUUCCGCCGCAGAGCGGCCGGCGCCCCGCACCCCGAGCCGGCCGCUGCAGCCGCAGUCCAGCACCACUGCCCCGACCUGGCUGCCCGCGCAGUCCGCUGUGGCGAGGAAGGGGCCGCGUCGGGGGCGGGGCUCAGGGGGUCCUGGGCAGGGGGAGGGGCCCUGGGCGGAGCCUCGCAGACCCCGGGCUUAGCAGCGAAGGGCUAGGCCGGCCGCCGGGUGAGGAUGGUGGGCGGCAUCCCACCUUGAAGGCUAGGAGGGAGAACUGGAAGUGCUCCGAGGCAAGAAGAAUGCGUUGUGGGGAAGCGAUGGUGUCACCCUAGCUGGGAUUAUAGGAAGAUCAGACGGGUACAGAAGCCAUAGCCCCUGGGGUCACCGGGAGUGUGUGUGUAAGGGGGCUGCUGCUCACCUCUCUCAAUGCCUGAUGGUCCCCCUAGGGGGCACUAAGCUUAAGGAUUUCUGAAUCAGUACUAUGCAUGUACCUUGCGAGGGUCCUACUUGAGUCUUUUGAAAACGGGAGACAAAGAAACUAAGGGAAGUACCAGAAGCCCUCCGUCCCAACCUCCCAUCCACAUUGGUGCACUCCAUGCAUAUUACACGGGGGCUGGAGAGUGGGGAUGGACUUGCCGGUAGCCCCUUUCGGUUGUGCUCACACUGGGACAAGCACAUGACCAGGCGGGCACACAGGUGCACCUGUGCACCCGGCUUCCAAAGGCACAGCUCCCAGAAGGCAAGGGUACCCUCCCUACCCUGUAGGUACUCUCUGUAUUGUUUCCUGUUCUUCCUACCUAUGCACAGAAAUCUAGGACCUCUGCUGUUAACUGUACACUUGGUUUCCACUGCUUUAUCCCUUUCUGGUGGUCCCUAGGUCAGGAUGAAGAAUUAAAGGGGCCAGUCAGCACUGCAGCAGAAGGUUGUGUGUGUGUGUGUGUGUGUGUGCACAUGUGUGUGCACAUGUGUGUGCAACAAUGCAGAAAGUGUGGGAAGACAGGCUAUUUGAACAAUCGAACUCAACCCUCAUUGAUUAUGUGCCUGCUGGGUGUCACUUAGGAGGCAAAGAGAACGAGACGCUGGCCCUGCCCUCAGGAGCGCUCCAUCUGGUGGAGAACUAGACAUGUAAACAACUCAGAAGGUGCCAAGUGCUUUUAACAGACCGGCCCUGGAGAGUAUCAAACAUUAGUGACAAACGCCAGGGCUUCCAAUAUCUUCCUUUCCUGUAGUCCACCCCUCCCCCAUCUUCUCUCCUCACCCACAGACCUCUGUCCCUUUGGACUGUUUUGUGGGAAGGUGCGAAGGUGCCCCAGCCCCUCUUCCCCACCCUAGAACAGAGAGGAAGAAUGUGUUUACUGGGAAGAGGGGGUGUGAAUAGUAGGAAGACUCACAGAAGGAUACAGGGGAGGUGAAUGGGAUAAGGUUAAACCUCUACUCCAGAGAAAGUGUUAGAUUGUCUGUAACGGAGAGGUGAGCCAAAGAGAAUGGUUUCUCUAGAACCCAGGGCUGACAGUAUCUCCAAGAGGUCAGGGCCCCACCUAGUAAGUGGGGAGAUAUGUCAGUGGGUCCCUCCCUGCUCUCUUGGGACCCCCUGGAAAAGGUCUGGGCUGAGGACCUACCUUCGCUAAUGCCUGUUUGUCUAUUCCUUUUUUCCCCAUCCACCCCUUCUCUCGUUUCAUCGCCAUCUUUGUGUCUGUCUUUGGACUCUUUCUGGAUAUCAUCCUAUCCAUCUGGUCCUCCACUUCUGAUCUCUCUCUCUCUCUCUCUCUCUCUCUCUCUCUCUCUCUCUCUGCCUCUUGUGGUCUCUCUCUCUCUCUCUCUCUCUCUCUCUCUCUCUCUUUGUGUGUACUCUUUUAUGUUGGCAUUCUGGUCACCUUUUGUCAUGGUUCUGUCUGGGACACUUCUGUGUUUAUCUCUGGUCACUGGCUCCCAUCUCUGUCUUCUUCCUGCUACAUUCCUGUCUACGACCCUGGCACUGGCCUACUGUCUCUCAAUCCCUGUGUUCAUCAUUGCCUCUGUGCCGGGUCCUGUCUCCUCGUCUGAGCAGCAGCGUCCCAUCCAGCCCUCUUUCACCAAAUCUCUCUGCCGUGAGUCUCACUGGAAGUGCCUCCUGCUCUCACUGCUCAUGUAUGGCUGCCUGGGGGCAGUGGCUUGGUGCCACGUCACCACAGUGACCCGCCUCACGUUCAGCAGCGCCUACCAGGGCAACAGCCUCAUGUAUCAUGAUAGCCCUUGCUCCAAUGGCUAUGUCUACAUCCCCCUGGCCUUCCUGCUCAUGCUGUACGCCGUCUACCUGGUGGAGUGUUGGCACUGCCAAGCCCGCCACGAGCUGCAGCACCGAGUGGAUGUGAACAGUGUUCAGGAGCGUGUGGGACGAAUGCAGCAGGCCACCCCCUGCAUCUGGUGGAAGGCCAUCAGCUAUCACUAUGUCCGACGAACUCGACAGGUCACCCGAUACCGCAAUGGAGAUGCCUACACGACCACCCAGGUCUACCACGAGCGGGUCAACACACACGUGGCGGAAGCGGAGUUCGACUACGCGCGCUGUGGGGUCCGGGAUGUGUCCAAGGCGCUGGUGGGGCUGGAGGGCGCGCCGGCCACGCGGUUGCGCUUCACCAAGUGCUUCAGUUUCGCCAGUGUGGAGGCUGAGAACGCGUACCUGUGCCAGCGCGCGCGCUUCUUCGCCGAGAACGAGGGCUUGGAUGACUACAUGGAGGCUCGAGAGGGCAUGCAUCUCAAGAACGUGGACUUUCGCGAGUUCAUGGUGGCCUUCCCCGACCCGGCUCGGCCACCUUGGUAUGCCUGCUCGUCGGCCUUCUGGGCGGCAGCCCUGCUCACGCUAUCGUGGCCGCUGCGCGUGCUGGCGGAGUAUCGCACAGCAUAUGCGCACUACCACGUGGAGAAGCUCUUCGGUCUGGAGGGACCGGGCUCGGCCAGCAGCGCAGGUGGCGGCCUGAGUCCCAGCGACGAGCUGCUGCCCCCGCUCACGCAUCGCCUGCCGCGGGUCAACACGGUGGACAGCACCGAACUCGAGUGGCACAUCCGUUCCAAUCAGCAGCUGGUACCCAGCUACUCGGAGGUGUUGCUCAUGGACCUAGUCGAGCUGGGCUCGCGCUGCGGCGGGCCAGGGGGUGGCUUCGUGCCCAGGUGUCGCUACGGAGGGGUUGGUGGCCCGGGCGCGGCGGGCGUGACCCCGCACUGGCGGAGCUGCGAGCACUGUCAGCGAGCGGUCAGCAGCUCGUCCAUCUUCUCGCGCAGCGCGCUGAGUAUCUGCGCCAGCCCGCGGGCCGCCCAGGGCCCCGGAGCGAGUGCCGGGUGCGGGGGCAGCCGCUUCUCACUCAGCCGCCUCUAUGGUUCUCGGCGCAGCUGCUUGUGGCGCAGCCGGAGCGGGAGUGUCAACGAGGCGAGCUGCCCCACGGAGCAGACCCGUCUGUCGAGCCAGGCCAGCAUGCGGGACAACGAGGACGACGACGACGAGGAGGAGGCUGGGCCACCACCGCCCUACCACGACGCCCUAUGUUUCCCUGUCCUCAUUGUCCAUCGGCAGGAGGGGUGUCUGGGCCACAGCCACCGGUCACUGCACCGCCAUGGCUCCUGCGUGGAGACCUCACUGUGACCUCCCGCCUUUGGAGGGAGCCUGUGCCGUUCUCCCUCCUGCCUCUCCUUGUGUUGUGCUCUCUGUGUGUAGCAGAGGAAGGCAGGAUGGUAGUUAAGGCCAGGCAGGGGGUAUGAGAGAAGGCGGGAGGUGAGGGGGCACACUCAGACGAGACCUCAGUGAUCUGAGACUGCUUCCCUGUACACAGACGGAGGAUGGGAGAUUGGCAGCUCUCUAAGAAUCCCAUCCACUGGGGCAGAGGUGGUUCUCUUCCAGGCCCCACCCAGUUCCUGCGGGGACACCUCCUUUUCCAUUCACACUCGAGAUUUCCCUCCCAGGCUUUCAUCGAGUCUUGACUGUUAGUAUGUUGUGGGACCCGUUUCUGGCUUCCCCACCAAGGGAACCAUCAUGGUGAGCAGCAGGAAAAGCAUUUGGGGCUCUUUUUUUUUUUUUUUUUUUUUUGCCCAGGCCCCCCGUGGAGAGGGGCGGUGGUUUGGUGGAGAGCAGCAGAGCUGGCUUCCAACCAGCUUCUGUGUUCACAGGGUCUGAGGGUGGGGCCGGGGGGUGGCCCUCCCAGUAUUGCUCUCCACACCUUAAAAGAGUUCUGGCGGCGUCUAGGCGCUGCGGCUAAGAAAGCUCUGUUGUUUGUUUCAUUGAGCCCCAGAGCUCCAGUCCUGGAGGGACUUUUCAUCACAUCAAUGACGUCACUCACCUCGGGGCUUACUGGCUCUAAAGAGCUGUUGUCAGGGUACAGGGCAAGGGAAGGAAAGCUGGGAGGACACUGCAGGCUCUUUCUGGAAAAGACUCAGCCUCCCAUCCAUCAGCUGCUUCCUCCCCUGGGUUCUGGGUAGAAGCUUCCAUGAAGGAGGCUAAGGUGCCAUCCUGGAGGCCCUCAUUAAAGUCAGCCAGGGUGAGUGACCCAGUGGACAGAGCUUGAGGCACAUCUUGUUGAGAGACCUCAGGAGCAGAGUUAGUAAUGGUGGGUAGACUGAAACUAGCCCUGAAGGUGUGGUGACAGGGCGUGCUGUAGCUUUUUCUCGUGCAGACGCUUAAGAAGAAAGGUGCCCCUCACGCGCGCCUCCGUAGAGCUGAGUCCUUCACAAGCCCUAGCUAGAGAGAUAAUCAUUUCCAGUGGCAGGAGUUCCGUUUUUGCCAGACCCUCCACUUCUUCCUAUCCCAUGAGUUGAAGCUCUAGGUCUUCAGAGGGGCGCCAUGCCACAGCCCCAGGGCACCAGCCCUUUGUCCUGUCCCUUCGAAGCUUUGACACCAACUUUGCUCUCCCAUUCCCUAUACUCCCUUGCCUCCUCCAUUCCGGUGUGCUUCCUUGUGCAUGUCUGUGUUUGGCCCCUCGCUCUCCCAGCUGCCCUGGCUGACAUUUUCCCAGCAGAUUUAGUACCCAGGGAUUGGGCUCACAUCCAUCCAAUCUUGUUCCCUCUGCUUCUUGCUUUGCCUUCCUCAUCAGAUCUCCACCUUUUUGGCUUCCCCUCUUCCUCCUGGCUGUGCCAGUCCUAUGCCAACCAAUGGAAGUGGCCCCUACCUAUGCACAAUCUCCUCUGGCUCCCCUUCCCUUUUUCUCUGGGGGAUGUGGGAAGCCCUGUUGUGGGGAUGCCAUGGUCUAGGGCUCAAAUGGGGGUUGAGCUUUCUGGUUAUACAGAGAUGUUUGGGUGAGGAGGGAGGGGUGUCAGAGAAGGAUAGGUUCGAGCAGAAGGGAUCAGCACAGCUGCCCACUGGGUUUCCUGGGCAACAGUGUCCACUGGCCUGCUAGCACUGAACCUUCCAGGACCCUGAGAUUGAGCUCCGUGUGUGUGCGUGUGUAAGUGUGCAUGUGUGAGUGUGUGUGGUGUGAGUGUGUGUGUGAGUGUGAGUACUAUGUGUGUGUAUGUGUGAGUGAGUGAGUGUGUGUGUGUUUGUGCGUGUUUGUGUGUGUGCGUGUGUGAAUGUGUGUGUGUGGUGUGUGUGAGUGUGUGUGUGUAAGUGUGUAGUGUGUGUGAGUGUGUGAGUGUACUAUGUGUGUGUAUGUGUGUGUGUGUGAGUGUGUGUACUAUUGGAGCACAGGUGGUGAGUGAGCUGUGGCCUCAGGCCUCAGUUCUUGGCCAGCUGGCGACUGAAUGUUUUGUUCUCAUUUAGGGGCAGCUUGGCCAUCUCACAGCUCCAAGGAGGGAAGGACUUGGCUCCUCCAUUCUGGGUCCAGAAACCGAGCUUGACCUUGGGAGAGGAGGAGGGAAGCCCUGUUAUUAUUUUUGCCUGACCAUUUCUGCCUAGGUCUCCUCACACAGACAGCCUCACCUCCCACACAUACACACACAUGCACAGACUUAGAGAGAAAGCAAUUCUUUGGUCUCUUUUCUUGGUAGCUUUAUUGAUUGCCAGGGAAAAUGAAAACCAGAAAAUUAAUUAAUCUCUAAAAUUAAACUUUACACUGAAUGUUCUUGUUUCUCUAAUUAGAACCUCUGCUAGCAGCUGUGGCUACACACACACACACACACACACACACACACACACACACAAAUAUAUAGACACACACACCCUCACACCUACAUGUUUGCACUCUGGAACUGUCAGAGGGUGUCAGGCACAGAGGAUUCUAGGUUGCCCGGACAGGCACACACAUAGUCACUCCCAAGCCCUCUCUGGUGCUCUGCUCAGCUCCUGCUUGUUGCAAAGAGUCCCUGGAGUGCAGGCCCUCCUGGAUUGUAGCUGCAGUCACCCAUCUUUGAGGUAGAAGAUGGGCUCUGGGCCACUCAGCUCAAGGAGAGUUGGGAGAUAAGAGUUUGAGUUAGUCAGUCAGAUCCUCUCGUGAAUCCAUAGUCCGUAAUUCCUAUGGGUGUAGCCCCAGGGUGGGCAGUCAUGGUGUGGAAGGGACUCAAGGAGAGGGUACCUGGAAGACUGUAUGUCCUGAGGAGAAGGGCUUGUGGGGUGGGCUAGGCCUGGCUGGGGAGGAGACAGGUCUCUGUCAAAUUGGGUGCAUCACACUGUGGCCUUUUUGUCAUGGAAUUCCAAGCGCAAAGAUUGUACAAAUCACACUGAUGGAUAAUAAAAGUGUGGAUGACUCA